CGGGCCACCCCCAAAAAGCGGCAAAGCAAGCGCCGGCUGGCUUUCUCCACUCGCUGUGCAGACACGCGCCGCGCGCCAGCAUGGGCCACAAGAGCGUCUCUCUUCUUGGGCUCAUCUGUGCAUGCUGCCUGGUGACUGCGGAUGACUUUGCCUGGGUGACCCACGAGCCGUUCGCCACGGAGAACCUGGUGUCUAUCGCGCCUUCGGGACCACAGCAAGUCACCGCCGUGGCCCCCUGGCCGCAGCAGUGGCAUUCGCCUCCGAUGCAGCAGCAACAGCAGCAGCAGCAGCAACACUUCAAUCCAGGAAGAAUGCUGUUUCAUUCUUCCGGACCCUGGAACAAUCAUGGCGGAGGUGGAGGAGGCGGAACGAACGACAUCGCCACGGUUCACCUCCAAGGUCCAGGGCCAAGCUCGUGGCAAGGGGGCAACGCUCCUUGGCAGAGCAACAGCGUCGCGUUCCCCCCUUGGCAGAUGCAGCAGCACCAACAGCAGUCUCAAAACCACCAUCAUAACCACGGUGGCCACCCGGUGACUUAUCGCUCCCGUGGUCCACUCAGCAGCCGGGUCACAUCGCCACCUUCACGUCUCUGUCAAGCCCUCCGGCUCAGCACCCACCCAACCCGUGGCAGAACAUGGCUCCAAUGAGCGGUGCUCCCUGGCAGUACCAGCAGAAUCAGAACAACCAUAACAACCACCAUAACAACAACAACAAUAACAACCAUCCUCAUCCACCCCAUCAACAGCAGCAGCAACAUCAGCAACAGCAGUCUAACCAGCAGCAUCAUUCGCAACAACAGCAGCAGCCGCCGCCCCCGGAGCCGUCGCUGCCGCGGACUCAAGUGAAACUCAUCUACGUACCAAUACCCAUCGUGAGGUCCGUGACGCAGCAGGCCGUGUCGCCGCAGCAGGGACAGUGGCAGCAGCAAGGUGGCAGUAGUAGCGGUGGUGGCGGCAGUGGCGGGGCUUCUGUCCAGGUCAUCUGGCCGCAGCAACAGCAGCAGGGUGGCUCGCAGAGCGCGUGGCAACCGGGGGUAAAGACCAGGGCUUUCUCGGUGCCAGCUAAGACGAUGGGCAGCGCGGGCGCUGUUAUACCGAUCGUCAUCUCGCUCCAGACCACGAGCUCGCGGGGGUCGUCCCCAUCAAAGUCCGAGUACUCUCCUCGGGUGGCUACCUCUCGUUCGGACUCACCCAGAAGUGCAUGGUGGUGAUUAACUGUUUCUUUGCAGAGUGUCACAAAUGCGGUUGAUAGCCAUCGAGAGGCUCGAAAUCAAGGUGCUUCUUAAGGGAAGGUCGGCCGCUGAUAAGUGCUAAUGGCCCACG